AUGUCUCACCGCCGGUCAAUCUCACAGGCUCCAGAGGGGGGACCAUCGGGCCGUCCAUUAGCACAAGAGCCACGAUCGGUUUCUGUCCGCAAGAACGUGUUCCCUUCGCAAGUGUUUUCGCGCCCGGUGGCCGUGGCUGCGUCGCCCGUUCCGUCUUAUCGGGAGAGUCGUCAGCGACACCAGGAGAAGGAAGAAGCACGAUCUUUACGCGACGCAUUGCAAGAGGUGGGUCUCGACGAUGACGUGCGCAUUCAUCACGCUGCCCAGGACGAGGCCACGGAAUUAGUAUGGAUGCACCAGAACCCUGGUCAACAAUUCAAGAAUCCCUUUGCGCCAUACCGGAAUCCGGAUACAAAGAGGGAUGGAUCCAUCCAUUCUCCAUCUCGAAAAAACUCCGAGUCUUCCAACUCCUUCCGACACUCAAUUGCUUCUCCAGGAUCCUCAAGUGGUCAUUCAAGCCCAGAGUUCGCAGAUAGCCGAGACUCGAAAGAGCCGAAGCGAUCCUCCAUGGCCGGCACCUUGAAGAAGAACCUCAAGGUCAAUUUUGCAUUGCCCGGGGAGGAACCACCCCAGCCCGUUGUCGAUGCUGGCCCGAAGCCUCGGACAGUUAGCGGGGACUCCUCAAAGGGCGUCUUCAAGAACCCGGAUGAUCAUAUCUACGAAGAGCCCAAUGACCCUGUCAAAGAGACACCUGAAAUCAAGCCUGACUUCUUCAGGUCUGACUCUUUGGCUUUGAAAAACAAACCGCCCAACGCUCUUCCACGUGCAACGAAACCUCUACCUUGGCUGCGUGAUCGCAAGUCCGCUGGUUCCGUGCGAGACAAGAUCUCCCAAUUCGAUAUUCAUAAAAACCCUCCCACGCAAUCGCACAACCCUGGUUAUAUUCGGAACGCUCCAGCUCCAUCGCCACCUCCUUCCCAGGAGCAACCACCAGUGCCUACGAGAGAUGGCAAAGAGAUUCGAAGUGAUGACAUUCGAGCAGCCACGAGCAAAAGACUCGCCGACAGAAGCGAGAAAUUGCCCAUGCCAACAGCCGUCAGUGAUCGAUUUGGAAGACCAAUCGUGAGUUUUGACCCGAAAUGGCAACCUAGUGAUCUACCAAAGCCCAUUCGUCAAAACUCAGCGCCAGCUGUUCCGGUGCCCACCAUUGAGAUUGCAGCCCCUACUAUUGAAGUGUCGGAGCCGCCGUCCAUUCCAGUGAUCAGCGUACCCGACAUCAAGGAGCCGACUAUCGCUGAGUACAGCGAACCCACUCAGCAGCAACCUAAGUCUGCGCGACCUCUGCCGUCAGCAAAUGGACACAGCCGCCAGGCUGCCCCAAGAAGACAAGCGCAAGAUGCACAGACCCGCACGUAUACCCCAUACACUCGGUCUGGCGUUCCAACUGCCAGCUGCAAGGCCUGCUCCCACGGUAUCUCCGGAAAAAUCGUGACUGCAGGUGGAUGCAGAUUCCAUCCGGAAUGCUUCACCUGCCACCACUGCCAGACUCUUCUUGAAUGUGUUGCGUUUUACGAGGAGCCUGUGGCCAGCCGCGACGAAAGACGUGCGAAUCACCCCGAAGAAGAUGACGGGGUCCCUCGAUUCUAUUGCCAUCUGGACUUCCACGAGAUGUUUAGCCCUCGCUGCAAGAGCUGCAAAACCCCGAUCGAAGGCGAAGUUGUAGUCGCAUGCGGUGCUGAGUGGCACGUCGGCCACUUCUUUUGCGCUGAAUGUGGUGAUGUACGUUGUGCUCCCCAUCUCAGUGAAUCUGUGCUAACCACUUUCUCCCAUAGCCCUUCAGUUCUACAACACCAUUCGUCGAAAAAGAUGGCUUCGCAUGGUGCCUCCAUUGCCACUCUCGCCGCACCGCUCCCCGCUGCCUAG